CUCGUCAGUAGCAUGAACCCGUAGCAUUGCCGUGUUAGCAGUGAGUCACUAAAGCUCCGCCACGACACUGGAUACAGCGAUAGAUGUCAGUAAGAUGUUAACUGACUGAGACAUGUGGCCUUCAACUUGCAUUUCCAAGCAAUCGUACUUACAGCAAGCGCUGAUGGUGACCAAGCGCACAUAGAAUACCAAGUAAUAUGCACUACAUUACAAGUGACUACACGUGUUUAUGUUGGCACUGGAUUGCCACUUAUCCUUGAAACAUGUCUUCCAGUACAUUACCGAAACCCCCGGACGGUGGUUAUGGAUGGUUUGUUGUUAUUGGGAUGUUUAUUACAUGCUAUUUGACAGCUGGAACAUUUUACGCAUUUGGUGUUUUAUACGUGGCCUUCCUUGAUGCAUUCGGCGAGACAAAGGCUGCCACAGCUUGGGUCGGAUCGCUAUUUGCUCUUGUAUUGGUCAGUACAGGCCCAUAUUCAGUUUGUCUUGCAAAGAACUAUGGGCAUCGGAAGACAGUUAUGCUUGGAGGCUGUAUUGCUGCUACCGGACUCAUGUGUACAUCUUUUACAACAGCGUUACCCCAGGUGUAUCUAACAUUUGGUGUAAUCGCAGGUGUCGGCAGCGGUUUGGCUCUUAUACCUUCUAUAGAAAUGAUAAGUAUUUAUUUUAGUAAACGGUUUUCACUCGCACUUGGAAUUGCCAUGGCUGGCACUGGUGCAGGUCAGUUCUGUCUAGCCGUUACAAGUCAGAUGUUAGUAGAUACGUAUGGCUGGAGAGGGUUAUUGAUGCUACUUUCUGGGAUCAUGCUCAAUGUGUGUGUUGCCGGGGCCCUGUUCAGACCAUUAUCUGUGAGAUGUUAUCGGACUUUCCCCGCAAAUGUCAACGCACGAGAUACUCACCACGUGGGAUAUGAGGAAACUAACGUGGACGAUGUAGCCCCUUCUAGCGCUGUGGCAAACAAUGGAACAAACACAAAAUUAAAGACAAAACUUAAAAUUAAAGAGAAAACUAAUUGUUUUAGAGCCUUCUUAUCCAUAUACGAUUUAACACUGUUUAAAGAACCAGUAUAUUAUUUGAUUAUGCUAACUGCUAUUGGACAAAGUAUUGGACAUACAAUCGUCACGGCACAUGUAAUGAGACGAGCACGUGAUUUUGGUAUUCCUGAUGUUCAAGGUGCUCUGAUUCCUGCUAUCAUGGGAUUGGCUCAGCUCGUUGGAAGACCCAUAUAUGGUGCUGCAGGCAACCUGCAUUAUGUCCCCUCAUAUGGUUUAUAUGCAUUUGCUAUGGCAGUAUGUGGUGGUGCUACAGCGUUGAGCUCGUACUUGCCAAGUUUUGCAGGUCAGAAUAUUUUUAUUGUUUUGACUGGUAUGAGUUUAGGCGGUUAUAUCGUCCUCAUUCCUGUCGUUGUUUCUCGUUUUCUUGGGCGUAAAAAGGUUGCCCAUGGUAUAUCAUUUGCCUACCAGUUCCAUGGGCUAGCAGGAUUGGCUGCAUCGCCUACUGCAGGAUGGAUGCGCGACCAAUACGGAACAUAUGAAGGAGCUUUUUGGUUGGCCAGUGCAGCGUAUUUCAUUGGAGCUAUAGCUGCAUUUUUGCUACCAGUCGUGGAGAAAGCAACAGAAAAAGCCCGAGGCGACAUACCAAAAUGUAACAAGAUAAAGAACUUUGACGACGAGGUCUUAGUUUCAGAGUAUUUGUCUUCGUUAUAG